UGGGGCGACGCAUCGGCGGCCACGCUCCUCGUCUGCUUGACUCUCCCCGCGAGAAAGAGAGCGUGCCAUCACGUUCUUUCCAGAUCUCAAUAAUGUCAGACCGGGCGAACUUGAUGGGAAGGAAAGGAGGGACGGGUUUGAAACCCUGCCCUGUCCUGCAAACUACUAAACCCACAACAAUACGCUAAUUUACCGGCGGCUACCUUUUUCAAUUCCUACUCAAAACUCGCUAAUCUGAAUUCUCCCUCGGCUGCCGACUUCCCUCCCCCUUCGGUGGUAGUCUUGGCCGUUGGCUGGCGGGCUGACCGUCUCCCUCGCCUCUCCCCCUUGCCAACUCUCCAUCUGUUCACUUUUUCCUUUUCGCCUCUUUUCCCUUUCUCCAAGAUUCCCUCUCCCGUCUGUGGACGUAGUCGCAGUGCCCUAGCUCCCUCCCUUUCUCUGGUUCGCCUGCCCUUCAUCUUCACCGAGGGCUCCUCAUCCCGUUCUUUUCGUUUCUCCUCCUGCAAUUGUCUCGCUUCAUCUCGUCCCUGCCUCUGCCUUUCUCCUGGACGAUGCGACAUUGGGACGAGGGUUUCUAGGGACGCAGAUUCAUGAAACUGAGGGCAUCCUGACCAUCUUCUUAGCCCUGCCGUCUUCUAACCUCUUAUCGCUCGUGGGGCGCUAUGAGCGCGAGCCACCCGGCGGUGCAUCCCGUGGAGGCUCCGCCUGCAACCGACGCCAACGAUGUCCCCAGGGUCAGAAUGAAGGACACCCAGGGGAUGCCCGGCACCGUCGGCGGUCUGGCGCUGCGCCUCCUUCAAUUCGCUUUCGCCGUCAGUGCUCUCUGCGUAAUGGUCUCCACCAGCGAUUUCUCCUCCGUCACAGCAUUCCGCUAUCUAGUAGCAGCUACUGCCUUGCAAGGUUUGUGGAGCCUGGUUUUGGCUGUGAUGGAUACAUAUGCUCUGCUUGUUAAGCGUUGCCUGCGGAAUUCACGUGUGAUCACCCUGUUUUCCAUUGGCGAUGGGGUCACUUCUACACUCACAUUUGCAUCUGCUUGUGCCUCUGCUGGUAUUACAGUCCUUAUUGGGAAUGACCUUGGAUUGUGCGGUCAAAACCACUGCUCAAGAUUUGAGACAGCAACAGCGUUAGCCUUCAUUAGCUGGUUUACGGUAUCUCCAUCUUUCCUUCUGAAUUUUUGGUCGCUGGCUUCUAGAUAGAACCGACCGAUGCUCCUAAACUGGAUCUAAGCUCUCUCUUGCAUCUCCGAAGGACUCUGUGUCUAUUGUUCUAGUGUACAGGUUUUUGAUGAGCCUUUUUUCCCCUUGUCUAAUUCAUUCUUGAAGAAGUUGUAUCUUUUGGAUAGCUUACAUAAGAAGGUGUCCGUGGAUUGAAAUGUCUA